AUGCCGCCCAAGGGCUUUAAGAAGAGUGUCUCCCCAGAGGAGGUGAUCGCGGCUCGCAAGGAGAAGUUGGCGUCGCUCUCUCAGCAGUGCGCAGCGGUAGAAAAGAUGCUAGCUAUUAGCACGGAUCAGGGCCUCCGCCUCAACGCCGAGAUCGCUGAGCUCGAGCGACGCAUUGCUGAGACUGAGGUGCUGACUGAAAGGGAGAGCCGUGACUUGGACGAGAAGGUAAAGGCUGUGAGCAACUACGCCACAUCAAACCUCGACCAACUUCAGCAGCGCCAUCUGAAUAUGGAGAAGGCUACGCACGAGGCUGAGGCAGAGAAUGACCUGCUGCUCGUGAAAAUAGCGGAGCUGACCGAGCGCAAAGAAGCCGAGCUUGCAGAAUGGGAGGCGAAGGUAGAGGAGCAGCGAGCGGUGAUGAAUCAGAAGGCGCUGGACUUUGGUCUGCAGCUGAAGGAGACGUUGGCCAAGAGGUACGCGACCGCGUCGUGA